CAAGAAAAAGACAAUAAGGGAUGACUUUUACGAGACACCCUUGAAAUAAUGAUUGAAUACUUUCGAAAUGACCCUCCUUGGUGUAGGACAAAUGGUCGGAGCAGGACUCUAUGUUCUCACCGGAACCGUGGUCGCAGACCUUGCUGGGCCGUCUGCUAUUCUCUCUUACCUUUUCGCCGGCAUUGCUGCAAUUUUGUCGGCACUUUGCUAUGCCGAGUUUGGUGCCCGUGUUCCUAAAGCUGGUUCCGCCUAUUCUUACACAUACAUUGCAAUUGGAGAGGUAUGGGCUUUUGUAAUCGGAUGGAACAUUGUUCUUGAACAUUUGCUCGGAGCAGCCUCCGUUGCGCGCGCAUGGAGUGGCGCCAUUGAUGCACUCUUCAAUGGUGAAAUUAGAAAAAGUACGUUAGAAAACGUUGGAUACCUUAGUCAUGGAUCACCAUGGAUUUCUGACUAUCCAGAUUUUAUUGCCAUGGCCAUCACCAUAUUAAUCUUUGCUGUUAUAGCGUCCGGUGCAAAGUUCACCGUUCACUUCAACACUGUUUUCACGGCAUUCAACUGUGCAGUGAUUCUAUUUUUAGUAAUCGCCGGAUUUGCAUUUGCGGAUAAGCGGAAUUGGACAGAACAUGGCGGCUUUUUUCCAUACGGGUUCGGAGGGUCUCUGGCUGGUGCAGCAACAUGUUUUUAUGCUUAUAUAGGCUUUGAGGGAAUAGCAGUUUCAAGUGAAGAGGCAAGGGAACCCGAGAAGUCAAUCCCUAUUGCAACAAUUUCCUCGUUGCUAAUUGUUUCGGUGAUUUACAUACUAGCAACCACAGCAUUGACAUUGAUCGUUCCCUAUUAUGACGUAGAUCCGGCCGCUGCAUUUCCAGCUGCAUUCGCGACACGUGGUAUAAUGUGGGCGAAAUAUAUUGCCGGAAUAGGAACACUGUUUGGAAUAACCACUUCACUGCUUGGUAGCGCCUUUUCUCUGCCACGAGCAGUUUACGCCAUGGCACAAGAUGGGCUUCUGUUCAAAUCAUUAGCUUAUGUCCACCCAAAGUUCCAGACGCCAGUAUUGGCCAUUGUUAUAUUCGGAUCAGUCUCGGCUUUGAUGGCAUUACUAUUUGAAAUAACAACAUUAGUGGAAUUCAUGUCGAUAGGAACAUUGACUGCGUAUACAAUCGUAUCAGCCAGUGUUAUUGUGUUACGGUAUCUUCCUGUUUAUAAAUGUCAAUUUAAACUUAAACCGGAAGAAGAGCAGCCGAUUCACGACGAUACCUCCCCCACUGAAGAGUCUUCAAUUAUUAAAAAAUCAAAAAGCCAAGAUGACUUUGGAAAGCUUAAACACAAACUUCGUGCACUUCCUAUUCUUAACAAAUUUGAACCAGGGAACGCUGUAAUGGUAGCGACAUUUUUACUAUUCGUCAGCAUCCUAUGUACAAAUUCGUUAUUAAUAUUUGGAUAUGAUGAGCUAAGUGACGGGUCCUGGUGGGCUAUUAUUCUGCUGAUAGUGUUCGUUGCCAUGGUAAUCACGUGCUACCUCGUGAUGGUAGCACACGAGAAAAAUGACGCAUUUCUAACAUUUCAGGUAAGACACUUUCAAUGUUUUGAUUUCUAAAUUAGCAAAACCAAU